AUGAAAGAAGAGACUCAGGGAAUGCCUCUGCCAGACGCAGAGACAAUCGCACAGCGCCUGCGACAAGACCAGCAAGCAUGCAGAGAGAGAAAGGUGCCCAGUAAUCUGGCAAUGCAACUAUCCUCUGCUUCGGAUGCUCUCUUUGAUGACAUAGCCUGGUAUCUCACGCCACACAGCGAGGUCUCAAAAGCAUUGCGGUCGACUAGAUGCAACAGCAUUAUCAAAGGCAUCGAGGCCUACCUAGGCCAAUUGGAAGCGAUGACCAAAUCUCAGGCUGAGGAACAUACUUCCAUGGAUAGUAUGCAUGUCCCAACAUCAGAGGAGUUGGAAACAACUCUCAAAGUGCUAGACUAUCUCCAAAAGCACAAAUUGGUUGCUCCAACAGAGCCUCUGUCAGAAGUUACUGUCACCUUGCGAGGUCAACUUUCCAUGGAUGACAACAUUCGAUACACACAACAUGAACGUUUCCAGAGAGAUGAUGCACCAAAAGCCUCAGAUAUGAAGAAGAGAUGCUACAUCUGUCGGUACCGCUUCACGCCCACUGAUUCUCAUAAACUAUACCCAUCACUAUGUCGCCAAUGCGGCAUGUUCAACAUCGGCUGCUCAAAUCUCUCCCUACCAGAAAAGCUAGACCUCACUGGCAAAAUCGCGCUCGUCACCGGCGGGAGAAUAAAUCUAGGUUAUUCCACUGCAUUGAGACUCCUCCGCUGCGGAGCCAAAGUCAUCGUAUCCUCAAGGUAUCCAGCCGAUGCGGCAAUCCGAUAUUCCACAGAGCCAGACUUCGUCCAAUGGGAGAAAAGUCUCAAAGUAGUCGGUGCAGACUUCAGAACUGCAAGUGAUGCUUUCCGGCUGGUACAUAUUGUCAAACACUUACUCAAUGCCUGGGAUGGUGAGACUCCAUCUGAUACUCCACAAUCCCUGGAUAUACUUAUCAACAACGCUGCGCAAACCCUCACCGAUCCAAUCAAAGCAGAAAUGAGAGCCAUUUCCCGAGAGGACAAUCUCAAAGAUCAUCCACAGGCCAUGGCCUUACUCGCAGGAUCCGAAAACGACAGAUACACACCCCGAGUCAGAGGAGGACAACAAGCAACCUGGAUCCCACGCAUAACGAACAACAAAGCCCAGCAUCAGAUCGAAGAUGUAAUCAAUACCCAUUCUGCAACCCAAAACCAAAUAGCCACCAAAGGCCUCCGAACCAACAACGAAGACGAAGAGCCCUCGAAAUCAUCCUGGGUCCAAUCUCUCAACGAAAUCCCCUACGCAGAUCUAAUAAGCGCCCACUCCGUCAACGCCUUCGUGCCUCUAAUACUCUGCCGCGAACUCCUCCCAGUGAUGGGCACUCCACCCUCCCCAUCCUCUUCCUCCCAAUCCACACCAGCAGCAUACAUAAUAAACGUCUCAUCCCGCGAAGGAAUCCUGGAAGAUACACCGCAAUCAAGCAGCAAAGCCGGACACCACGUGCACACAAAUAUGUCCAAAGCAGCAAUCAACAUGAUAACAGAGACGGAAGCACAGGCUGCAUGGAAGGGACGGCGUGUUGCUAUGAAUUCUGUUGAUCCGGGGUAUAUGAGUGCUGCGCCAGAGUGUGUGACUGCCGAGGGGUGUCCGAUCGGGUUUGAGGAUGGUGCUGCGAGGGUUCUGUGGCCUGUUGCUGUUGGCGAGGUUGAGGGGAGGGUCGUUUGGGGGCGGUUUUUGAAGCAUUUUCGGGUUGGAGUUGCUAUUACUCAGAGGGGGUAG